UGACCUCUGUCCUGUAAGAAAGUAACCAUAUAAACAAAUUUACGAGUCUGAUUAGGAGUGAGGACCAAUCUUUUGCUGACGCGGCACCAGAUCCAGCUACCCUUUUUCCUUAAUUAGCUUCUCUUCAACUAAUCAACCCUGUCUCUAACCACAUUUCCCUGGCAAUAACUUCAGAGCCAUUCAGUUCUGUAGAUUUUUCUUUUCUUCUUCUUCUUCCCCAGGAUAAUCACAUAUUCUUCUUUUUCUUUUCUUUUUGAGCACGUUGAACCUGCUUUAAGACUCUGCAUUUCUCUUUAACAUAACCAUUGUCCAAUGCGCUUGUUUUGAUCUAGAUCUUGAGUUCAAGUUUUGUGCUUUGGGGGAUUUUGAAGUGACCAAAAAAUGGGGAAGGAAUCGAAGUCGAAAGGGUGUUUGGGGUGGUUUCUAGUGAUAGUUAUAUUGGCUCUGGUUGUUGGGGCCGUUGUUUAUGCAAUCAAGCAGAAAAUGGAUCACUCAGAUGAUGAUAAGGCCGCUCCCGUUCCAGGACCUCCAGGCGCUAUUGACAAGAAGUAUGCUGAUGCUCUCAAAAUCGCAAUGCAAUUCUUUGACGUUCAAAAAUCUGGUAAGUUAGUGGAUAAUAAGAUAUCAUGGAGAGGAGAUUCGGGGCUUAAGGAUGGAAGUGAAGCGAAGUUGGAUCUUUCCAAGGGGAUGUAUGAUGCUGGGGAUCACAUGAAGUUUGGUUUUCCAUUAGCAUUUACUGCUACAGUUUUAUCAUGGGCUAUCCUUGAGUAUGGAGAUCAGAUGGAGGCAGUGAAUCAACUGGAACCUGCUCAAGAAUCUCUCAAGUGGAUUACUGAUUACCUUAUAAAUGCUCAUCCUUCAGAGAACGUGCUCUAUAUUCAGGUGGGUGACCCUGAAGCAGACCAUAAAUGUUGGGACAGGCCUGAGGAUAUGACAGAGAAAAGGCCCCUCACCAUGGUGAACACAUCUGUUCCAGGGACAGAGGUUGCAGCUGAAACAGCUGCAGCUAUGGCUUCAGCAUCUCUGGUGUUUAAGACAGCUGACUCCACAUAUUCAAGCACGCUUCUUAAGCAUGCCAAGCAACUUUUUACUUUUGCAGACAAUCAUAGAGGUUCUUACAGUGAGAACAUCCCAGAAGUUGCAACAUAUUACAAUUCAACAGGAUAUGGGGAUGAGCUCUUAUGGGCAGCAAGCUGGCUCUAUCAUGCAACGGGUGACCAAUCAUACCUUCGAUAUGUGACUGGCAAAAACGGAGAAGAGUUUGCUGAAUGGGGAAGUCCAACCUGGUUUAGCUGGGACAAUAAACUUGCUGGAACCCAGGUUUUGCUUUCCAGGUUAAGCUUCUUUGGUGCCAAAGGUGCCUCUCAGAAUUCUGGCCUUGAAAACUAUAGGAAGUCUGCUGAGGAUGUUAUGUGCGGCCUUCUACCAAAGUCUCCAUCUGCGACAUCCAGCAGAACAGAUGGUGGUCUUAUAUGGGUCAGUGAAUGGAAUGCUCUGCAGCAUCCUGUUGCUUCUGCAUUUUUAGCUGCUCUUUACAGUGAUUACAUGCUUACAUCACGGACUCCAAAGCUGAAGUGUGGUGACGAUUCAUUCAAACCAUCAGAUCUUAGAAAGUUUGCCAAAUCACAGGCUGAUUAUGUCUUGGGCAGUAAUCCCUUGAAAAUGAGCUUUCUUGUGGGGUACGGGGAUAAAUACCCACAAUAUGUGCAUCACAGAGGAGCUUCAAUUCCAGCUGAUGCAACUACUGGUUGCAAAGAUGGCUUCAAGUGGCUUGAUUCAACUAAACCCAAUCCUAACGUAGCUAUUGGAGCUCUUCUCGGUGGCCCUUUCCUAAAUGAAACAUACAUUGAUUCCCGGAACAACUCAAUGCAAGCAGAGCCAACCACAUAUAACGGUGCCAUUAUUGUUGGCCUCCUCUCAAGUUUGGUGACUACCUCUUCUGCAGUUAAAUCCUUCACCUAAAGUAGCUGUAGUCUAUAACCAAUUACAGAUUUGUUUGUACUAUAUGUAGCUGUAUGAAACACCGCGUUUGACGAGGGUCAACUCAGAUGUGGCUCGCCUGCACUGAGUUUUUUUGGUGUAUUUUGGAGGGAUAGCCCCAGAUAUGUAUCUUUUCAACUGGUGAUUAUAUGCGAGUUCCAUCUUUCGAUCGCUGUGUAUUUCAGUUA